GCUGUGAUUCUGUUCGGUGAUUGGCUGGGGGAGGCGGAAGUAGCCGGGCGUGGCUGCGCAUGCGUGGGAGUGAUGUAUUCGGUGGCUCGUGAGGGGCGGCGCUGAGCAGGUUUUCUGAUCUGAACUUACAGCCACUGGCUCAUGUUUUUCCCUUGUCUGCCAGUUUAAAUAGCUCUCUCUCAGCUGUCUUCUGCCUGUAUAGAUGACGUUAGUAUGACUAUGGCCCAGUCUGGGGCGGUAGUAGCAGCUAUUGUGGGAGUCGUGGUUCUCCUCCUCUACUCCUCCAUUCACAAAGUUGAUGAGGGCCACCUGGCAGUGUAUUACAGGGGUGGUGCGUUAUUACCCAGCCCAACUGGACCAGGCUAUCACAUCAUGCUUCCGUUCAUUACCACCUUCAAGUCUGUGCAGACAACACUGCAAACAGAUGAAGUAAAAAACGUGCCUUGUGGGACAAGUGGAGGGGUUAUGAUCUACAUUGACCGAAUAGAAGUUGUGAACAAGUUAGCACCAUAUGCAGUGUACGAUAUUGUGAGGAACUACACUGCUGACUAUGAUAGGGCCCUGAUCUUCAAUAAGAUUCACCAUGAGCUGAAUCAGUUCUGCAGUGCCCACACCCUCCAGGAGGUGUACAUCGAGCUGUUUGAUCAGAUUGAUGAGAACUUGAAGCUGGCGCUGCAAAAAGAUCUGAAUGUCAUGGCUCCAGGUCUCACCAUCCAGGCGGUACGUGUUACGAAGCCCAAAAUCCCAGAAGCCAUCCGAAGAAACUUUGAACUAAUGGAGGCUGAAAAGACCAAACUGCUCAUAGCUGCCCAGAAGCAGAAGGUGGUGGAGAAGGAGGCGGAGACCGACAGGAAGAAGGCCCUCAUAGAGGCUGAGAAGGCAGCUGAGGUGGCCAAGAUUCAUUUUCGACAGAAGGUGAUGGAGAAGGAAACUGAGAAGAGAAUUUCAGAAAUUGAAGAUACUGUUUUCCUAGCCAGACAGAGAACGAAAGCUGAUGCAGGAUAUUACACGGCGCAGAAAAUGGCUGACUCGAACAAGCUGAAACUCACGCCGGCGUAUCUGGAGCUGAAGAAGUACCAGGCCAUCGCUGCCAACAGCAAGUUCUAUUUUGGUAACAGCAUCCCCAGCAUGUUUUCGGAUUCCUGCGCCUUCAAGCAGGUGGCUGUGCGGACUGUGUCAGAAGCCAGCCUCCUCUCCAAGGAGGAUCCUGCGCUCUCCAGGGAAAGCCACCUCAAAAAACCAGAGAGCACAGGCUGAUGCAAGGGGGGGGGGAGAGCUUCAGAAAGCUUUGGAGGAAAGGGCUGUGUGCUGCAGGGCACUGCUGUGGGGCAGCCACAGCA